ACUUAUUCUCGCUCUCAGGGUGGACCCCAUCUCAUACGACGCUCCCAAGCCGAGUGGCCACACGCGUUUUGUGUGUGUGUCGGACACACACUCACGGACAGAUGGCAUCCAGAUGCCCUACGGGGACGUGCUCCUGCACACGGGGGAUUUCACCGAGCUGGGCCUGCCCUCGGAGGUCAAGAAGUUUAACGACUGGUUAGGUGGAUUACCGUAUGAGUUUAAAGUGGUGAUCGCGGGGAAUCAUGAGCUGACCUUCGACAAGGAUUUCAUGGCGGAGCUGGUCAAGCAGGAUUACUAUCGCUUUCCCUCUGUGUCGAAGUUGAAACCCGAGGACUUUGACAGUGUUCAGUCUCUCCUGACAAACUGUGUUUACCUGCAGGACUCGGACAUCACCGUCAAGGGCUUUCGAAUAUAUGGUGCGCCAUGGUAAGUUCCUCAUGCAUUUCUUGUGUUUU